UUGUGAGAAAACAUCCAACUGGAUGAAUUCAGUAAAUAAUAAAUAUGCAGUAUACUUUAAAUAUGAUAUAAAUAAUCCACCAGAGAAGUUACACAACUCUACACGCUUCAUUUUGAUCUCAGAUACACACAAUCGUACAUUUCAUAUACCGGAUGGUGAUAUUCUCAUUCAUGCGGGCGAUCUCACCUUCCUCCAUAAAGUAAACUAUGAUAUCACCGCUAGAUGGCUAAUAGAAGAAUGCGAUAUCAAGUAUAAAGUCUUCAUUGCUGGUAAUCAUGAUAAGUUGUUACUAAGGGAUGGCAAACCCUAUUCAGAUGGUAGCUGGAAUGUCGAUUUUGACACUGAUUACGACCCUCAAGCUAUCGAUAGUCUUUGCGGUAAACAAGGCGUAUCUAAUGGUUUAUUUUACUUGCAGAACAACACAAAGAAGUGUACUGUAGGUGAUAGGACCUGGAAUAUAUUUGGCUCGCCCUUGUAUUCUUCUAGGCGACCGACAGAACAUACAGCUAAGGAAACUUUAAGGAUUGUUAAUAAUUUCCCACCAAUGGACGUACUUAUCACGCAUGGCCCACCACGUGAUAUAUUAGACAAAACCAAAACCAAUCUCAACGUCGGCUGCGUGGAGCUGACGGAAGCGCUCCAUCGUUUGAAGCCAAUUUUACAUGUAUACGGACAUAUACACGAAAGUCGCGGAUAUAAAGUCG